AGCUUGCUAAUGAUGAGAUGUCACCAGGCGCUCUUACACCUGAUAGCCCAGUUGUGGGAUCUAAAAGAAAACGUCAAACUCCGCGGAGACUAAUGUCAAUGGAUCCACAGAUAUACAGUCUUCUGAUAUCCCCCAAUAUCACCUCAGGUGAACUGAACAGGCUGACCCCUGUACAGGCAUCCAAAAUUAAGUCGCCUGAAGGGGAGGUCAACUCCUCUUCAGCAGACGAUAGUGUUUGGGAUGCUGCAGAUGAAAGCAAUACUGACUUUAAUUUGUCCAAUCUCAGUGCUGUUGAACCUGUGAGUCAGUAUGCGGACAACCUAGAGAUCAGUGGCAUAAGUGUUCUGAAAACCAAGAGACAAACUGGAGCGCAUCAGAGAUUAUCUGAUAUCAGUUUGCAGGAGACUCCAAGAGGACGUAAGUGUGGAAGGAUUAGUUUGUUCGACCUUAGUCCCAAGGUUCUGUCUGAUAUUUGUAGCUCUACGCUGAAUGAGCAUAGUUUGUGUGAAUCUGCUGUAAAUGAAACAUCUGUGAUGAAUUCCAAAGUCAAGUAUGCUGUGAAUGACAUCAUAAAGGGAUAUUUGGAUGUAACUGACAAGUCAAGUAUGUCAAGCCAAGUGUUGGAAUAUGAAAGCUGUGAGGAGAAUGAGGCAAGGGUUUUUUCUCCAAUUGACUCUCAGGAGGAAUCCAAAGCUCAAGUUAAAGAUUCUAAAGAGGACAUGUGUUAUAACAACUGUGACAUUGACAUUGAAGCUCAAGUGAUUGAUAAAACUGACAAUGACUAUGACGAGCAAAAUGAGUGCAAUGAGACCAGUGAUGAUGGCAGAAAGGUUGAUCUAAUUCCAGAGCCUUACCAGGACCAACUUGCUUUGAGCCUCUUAAAUAUAAGUGACAUUGAAGAUGAAGAGGAAUCAGAACUGAGUGAGAUAAAUGAUGGCAUGGAAAGUGGAAUUGAAAACGAGAAGGGCAGUGAAAGACAUGGUUACUUUCAAACUCAAGAUUUGAUGCAGCUUUCGUCAGAGACAGAGGUAAAUACCAGCCAGUUUACUGAAACAUAUUGUGUAUUAAAUGCUGCACAGUCCCUGAUACUGUUAGGCAGUGCAUCUGUGUCUGUUACAGACUGUGUGACUGUCGCAUGUUAUCCCAGGUCUACCGCAGUGGAAACAAUUCAGGUGCCUUUGACCGGGGAACCUGCUCAGACAUUUGGCUGUAUCACAGCAGGGAAUGAGACCAACUAUGCUGUGCAGUCAACCAAUGUGAUGUCUUUUGAAGGUAGGCAAGAUGAGUUUGACUCUAACAACUGCAUUGAUCUGUGCUGCCAUGAAACACUGAGCCCUCCACUGAAAACAAAACCAUGUGACCCCCAGCCAACAACUAUAUCAUGUGACACCAAGCCAACAAUGUCAUUUGAGCCAAUGUGGUCACCUGAUCUGAGUUCCACAGGAAAAUCUGCCGUUGUUGAGCCUGAAACUGGAUCUUUCUGUGGUAACCGUUCAAACUUAAAGCGUCAAAAGCGCCUUAACUUUGACGAGGAGCUUCGAGAGGCUAACAUCUACACUCCAAGUCAGAAGCUUGCGAAGGAUGAACAUUUUGACUUCUCUUAUGUGAAAUAUAGUGAUGACACUGUUGCAAGUCAAUUCGACGUGUGUAAUGAUACAUCAUCCAUUCACUUGGACUUUUCUGGUGUAAUUGAUAAAAUUAGAGAACACACUGAACAGGUAUCGAGUUAUGAUUGCUUGGUGGAGUUAAGUAAGGUCAGCGAGGGAAGUGAUGAUAGCGUGUCGGUAGAUUGGAGUGAGUUGUCCAGUCUAUCCAGUGAGGAUGAAACCUUACAGGUGCAAACACAGUUCCCGAGUAUAUCCAUAGAUAGAAGUGAGUGUAUGUAUAACAGUGUGGCAUCUACCAAGCCUCUGGAUCUUAGCAAGAACAACUUUCCCCAGCCAAGCCAAUCUGGUGGUAGCCAGUCUUUGGUAAAUAAGAUAUCAUCCAGCCAGCAUUGUGGUAGUUAUGGAUUACAUAGUCCAAGAUUGUCAGCCUCUGGAAACUUUGCUAGCAUAUCUGUUAGCUAUACAGCAACACAGUUUCAACAAAGUCAGGUUUACCAUGAGAAUAGUAAUGAUGGAUAUGUGACAAGUGGCAAUGUUUAUGAGAAAAUUGGCCAUGAACAUUUGAUGACUGGAAAUGUGAAUGGAAUAAGUGGCUAUAGCUAUGGAAAAAGUAGUCAUGCUACAUGGAUAACUCAUGGACGUGAAAUGUGUGAGAGACAUCCAGACAAAUAUUCCCAGGAAGAACGCUAUGGAUGUUCUGGAUCAACAUCAGGACUGGGGAAUGCCUUGCUAGGAAAUACAAGCUCAGUGUAUAAAAGUGGGGGAGACACUGCUGAAAGUCAUGAGAGAAAAUCAGAGUCAGCCAUGAAUGAGUCACGUAUACAGGCGAAGCAGAAGAGAAGGGUGAUUGAUAAGCGCACUACUCUCGGGCAGGGGUGGCUGUGUGACCAGCUGGCCAAUGUAAGACCAUACGUCAUUACAGGGUGGCUAUCUACGGAGUAUCUCAUGGCUUUAGUGCGUCAAAUGGAUUUCAACAAGGACCUAUUCAGCAACACGCUGGAUCAGGGUGGCAACAUUCAUGACUGGGUUCUUGAAAACUGCAAUCAAACCAGUCCAGCUCUGCUUGCAAGGGACCUUGUAUUCAGACUGUUCACCCUGCGGGAACUCCAGCAACACACACUUAAUGAGCUGUCUCAUAGGAAACGCUACCAGGCGAUGAAGAUGUGCGUCAAGAGGUGCUUUCUGGAUCAGGUUAGUGGCACCAUGUGGAAAAAGUGCACGGAGUUCAUCAAGGCCAGUGUGGACUACCUGUUCCAGGUGAAUGUGCCUCAGGUGCAGAACUUUCUCUUUUCUCUUCAUUCAUCAUGCAUGGGAGAUGGGAUGUAAUCUGUUGGAAGUAGUGGAUAUACCUCAUGAUGCAUGGGAGAUGGGAUGUCAACUGUUGUAAGUAGUGGACUGGAUGUUUCUCAGUGUAAGGUACUGAAAUGUCUGGUGUUGUGUUGAAAGAUAUGGAUUUGGAAUGUUGAAUACGUUUCAAUGUUGACUACUCUUAGAUAGACAUAUUAUAGUGAUUUCAUAAGGGACAGAAUGACUGUCCAGUGUUUAGAAAUUUUUCAUUGUUAUGCAUGUGUUAAAUUCAUAUUUGCUAUAAUAAAUGUUCAUGCUUUUUUAUUUGAAAUGAAAACCUUUAUUUUUUAAUCAACAUAAUGUUAACACUUCGUGAAG